AUGGUUCACUUGGUGAGGAGAUAUUGUUUGCAGUCUGGCCACUUGCGUGUUGAAGUCUAUACUGAUGCUGAUUGGGCAGGGUCUGUGACAGAUCGACGGUCUACUUCAGGAUAUUACACAUUUGUUGGAGGUAAUCUUGUUUCAUGGCGCAGCAAGAAACAAUCUGUAGUAGCUAGAUCUAGUGUAGAGGUUGAGUUCAGAUUCAUGGAAGAUGGAGUUUGUGAGUUGUUAUGGCUACGUACAAUGUUGGGUGAGUUGGCUUAUCCUGUUCGCGAGUCAAUGAAAUUGCAUUGUGACAACAAGGCUGCUAUUAGCAUUGCCCACAAUCCAGUUCAACAUGAUAGGACAAAGCAUAUUGAAGUCGAUCGUCCAUGA